UUUCAUAAACCCCUCUCAACACUUUUUUCUGUUCUCAUUUCUUCAUCGACUCGCUCUCUCUCUCACAGUUUACACGACGUGAUCAUUUCGACGGAACAAGCAAGCAUGUUCGCUCUUUCCAAGGUUUUGCGGAGAACCCAGAGACUCCGAAUCGGAGGAGUUUGUAAUGCUGUUUAUUCAAAAGAGAUAAAAUCAGGAGAAAGGAGAUUCUUCACUCUCGAGUCCAACUCGAAUGUAUAUGAUGAUAAACGUGAAGCUGUUUCAAGAUUCUACGAGCUGUCUUGUGUGAGUAAACGUGCACUUUCCUCGAAUGCUGGCACUAAAAGUGAUCAAGAGGAAGAAGAUGAGCUCGAAGACGGGUUCUCAGAGCUGGAAAAUUCAAAGUCAGGGCAAGAGACUAGUAGUGAGGAUGAUGAUGAGGGAAAGCUCUCUGCUGAUGAUGAAGAAGAAGAAGAAGAAGAAGAGGUGGAACUAGACCUCAUUGAAACCGAAAAUAGUAGAAAAACGGUAGAAAAGAAGCCGUCCGAGCUAUUUAAGACCAUUGUUUCUGCAGCAGGUCUGUCUGUAGGCAGUGCACUUGAUAAAUGGGUGGAAGAAGGAAAUGAGAUCAACCGAAUUGAGGUUGCUAAGGCGUUGCUUCAGCUACGUAGACGUCGUAUGUAUGGAAGAGCAUUACAGAUGUCAGAAUGGUUGGAAGCAAAUAAGAAAAUUGAGAUGAAUGAGAGAGAUUAUGCUUCUCGGCUAGAUCUUAUAUUUAAAACACGCGGCUUAGAAAAGGGAGAAGCUUAUAUGGACAAGAUCCCGAAAUCAUUCAAAGGAGAAGUGAUAUACCGUACCCUCCUGGCGAAUUGUGUGGUUGCUUGUAAUGUGAAGAAAUCUGAAGCUGUGUUCAACAGAAUGAAGGACCUGGGAUUCCCUCGGUCUGGUUUUACAUGUGAUCAGAUGCUUCUGCUCUACAAGAGGGUCGACAGAAAGAAAAUCGCUGAUGUGCUUUUGCUCAUGGAGAAAGAAAAUGUCAAGCCGAGUCUUCUCACUUACAAGAUCCUGAUUGACGUCAAAGGGUCAUCAAAUGACAUCAAUGGGAUGGAGCAGAUUGUGGAGACGAUGAAAGACGAAGGUGUUGAACCAGACUUCCAUACACAAGCUAUCACUGCUAGACACUAUUCAGGAGCUGGGCUUAAAGAGAAAGCCGAGAAAGUCUUGAAAGAGAUGGAAGGUGAAAGCCUAGAGGCAAACCGCCGAGCAUUCAAAGAUUUGCUCUCCAUCUAUGCCUCUCUUGGGAGAGAAGAUGAAGUGAUGAGAAUAUGGAAGAUGUGUGAAUCCAAGCCCCGCUUUGAAGAAUCCCUUGCUGCAAUCCACGCUUUUGGAAAGCUCAAUAAAGUGAAAGAAGCAGAGGCUAUUUUUGAGAAGAUUGUGAAGAUGGACAGGAGAGCUUCUUCGAAUACUUACUCCACUCUCUUGAGGGUUUACGUAGAUCACAAGAUGCUCUCAAAGGGUAAGGAUCUGGUCAAACGAAUGGCAGAGAGUGGUUGCAGGAUUGAGGCAUCGACAUGGGAUGCACUCAUCAGGCUCUACGUGGAAGCUGGGGAAGUUGAAAAGGCUGAUUCUUUGCUGAACAAGGCAUCCAAACAGAGCCAUACAAAACUGAUGAUGAACUCCUUCAUGUACAUCAUGGACGAGUACGCAAAACGGGGAGAUAUUCAUAACACGGAGAAGAUUUUCCAAAAAAUGAGGGAAGCUGGGUAUACAUCUCGGCUUAGGCAGUUCCAAGCCCUCAUGCAGGCUUACAUUAACGCCAAAACCCCUGCAUAUGGAAUGCGAGAUAGAAUGAAGGCUGAUAAUAUCUUUCCAAACAAAUCGAUGGCUGCACUGUUGGCUCAAGGUAAUCCAUUUAAGAAGACAGCUUUCUCUGAUAUUCUGGAUUAAGUAGACUUUUUGCUACACCUUUCUUCUUUAUGCUUGCUAAAAGUAUCUCAUUUGUCUUCCUAACGUUUAGUUUGAGAGUUUACUCAGUUUCUUGUAUUCUUUUUUUUUUUUUGAUGUUUUUGUUGGGUUCUUUGGUGAUCCAUCCACUUCAGAGACCUUCAUGCGUCAU